AAUACUCCGAGUCCCAGCACCAGCCCAGCGCCCAGCAGCGGGAUUAGAAUCUGGGGAUACACGGGCCCUGCGGGAACGUUGGAAGCGGGGUAGCGGUGGAUGCCGAGGUCAGGGUGCGGGGACAGAGAGCUAGCUCUCCCACUCAGGAACCCCCAGACCAGGCUUCCCUCCCUGACGGGGGCGUGUGUCUGAGUUAGGUCCCCUUUGUGUGAAGGCCUAGACCUACCGUGGGCAGGCCCCGGAGCUCUGCAGUAGGCCCGGUCCCCCAGCACGUGAAGCUCCGUACGGCUCUCGUUCUCUUGGCGGCCCUUGCAGAUAAAGGUGCCCGAGUCCCCCGCGCUCAGGAGCAGCUCCAGCCGCCGGAUAUCAAGGUCCAGGGCACGUAGGCGGCCAGCAAAGGGCUGGACGGGAGACACGGUGGGGGUCCCGCUCGGUGAGGCCAACAAGAUCGCGCGGCGUCCUUUGGACAGGCCUUUGCAGGCCGGGAAUCUAGGUGCCCAGACCCAGCGGGAGCCCUGAAAUUCUACUCUGUCGGCUGCUGCUGUUGCUACCAUUCUCAGGAUCCUCACCAUGAAAGGCCUUCUGCUGCUCACCUUGUCUUCUCUGCUCUGCUGGGUCUCAGCUGACAUUCGCUGUCACUCCUGCUACAAGGUCCCUUUGCUGGGCUGUGUGGACCGGCAGUCCUGCCACCUGGAACCAGGACAGCAAUGCCUGACAACAAAUGUGUACCUCGGGAAGAUGUGGGUUUUCUCCAACCUCCGAUGUGGCACACCAGAAGAGCCCUGUCGGGAGGCCUUCAACCAAACCAACCACAAGCUAGGCCUGACCUAUAACACCACCUGCUGCAACAAGGACAACUGCAAUAACCCAGCCCCUCGGCCCACCCCGGCCCUGGCCCUUGUCCUCCUCACCUCCUUGGCUGGCCUUGGCCUCUGGCUGUUGCACUGAGACUCACUCCAUGGCUGCCCCUCCUCCCACCUGCCUUAGCCUGAGCCUCUCUUCUUGUGUCUUCGUAUCCUCUGCUUCCUUUUGCUCAGAAAAGCAUUUCUCCAGACCCUUCAUAUUUCUUUAAUUAGACCGUGGUUUCCCGAUCCAUCCUUCCAUCCCACACCCUCCACUCUGCUUCUCUGGAGUCUCUUUCCAUUUCCCUCGACACCACUCCAGAGCCUCCAUUGUCUCCUAGAAGGGCCCCCCACUUUGCCUCCUGAACUCCCCUGUGCCCUAUGUGAGGAGGGAUUGGAAUCUGGGCCUGAAAUGGGGUUUCUGUCCUGUCCCCAGUGAAGGCUCCCAGGAAGGACCUGAUGACCUCACUCUAUGAGCUGAUUCUCCAAACCCUGGCUCCCAUGCGUACCUCAUCCCCAUGCUCACCCCUUUCCAUUUUGAGUAAUAAAUGUCUGUAUAUGAUCAAUUGUGCAUCAGAAGAUCUAUUGUCAGAGGCACCCUCCCAGGAAAUAACACUCUCAGCCCUCACACUCACCCAAGAACCCUUCAGGGAGUUUCUCUCAGAGGCUGGGCUGGGGCAGAUGGAGAAACAGGUUUUGCAGGCUUCCAUCCUCUCUUCCAGUAUCUGGGGGCUGGCGUACAGGGCCCAGUGUUUGGAGAAGCAAUAUUUAUCUUAAAUUUAGGCCACACCUCUGAUGUACUGCCAAGAAGGAGGUGCAGCCUGGCUUGAGGGCGCCCCAGAAAGGGUAGGAGAGUUGCAUGGGGAUGGGACCUGGGACCCUCUUUCCAGGCCUCAGUCCCUCAGGUUAGAUUCAGAGGCCUCACCUGGCCUAGUACGUGGGGCACCAAGCAACCCUCCUAUCACAGUGCUUACAUUUCCUUUCUCAAUUCCAAAUAGUCAUACUGGGAGCCAAGUUGCAAAUGCGGGGAAGGGGAACAAGCCCAGACAACGAGGCUCAUUGAUUCCUGGUGGCCCCCACUCAGCCCAGAGCCUGCUCCCCUCGGUGAUCCUUGUUGCUAAGGAAGAUUCUCCCUAGCAACAGGAUGUAGGUGUCACAUAGGGCAGAUUCUCCAUUGUCCUUUGGGGUUUAGUUGGUUAAGGAGUGCACCAUUGUAACUAAGUCCACUGAUCCUUGAUAACCCCUAAACUAGAGCCUGGUUGCCCCCAUAUUACUCCUUCAGCCCUCCCAUCAACAAAAGAUGG